AUGGACGCCCUGUCCGACGCACGGCGGCCCUCCGUUUCUUUCGCCAGCCGCUCCACGACAGACUCCUCGGAGGCGACCCCCAUCCCCAGCGUCCGUUCCGACACUGUCACGCCGCACAUGCCAGACUCGUCCGCAGCUCCUACCCCCGUCUCCGUGAACGCUCCCCUCAGCUGUUCCUCUUCAUGGAGUGCUAGUUCUGAUCGUCAACUCGGCCACACUGCAAGUCCCGAUCCCUCAGAUCGCGUUUACCCGAUCCGCUCCGUCGUGCGCGUAGAUCGCACCGGCAGAACCUCUGGCGAGCAUGACUACUUCCCUAGAGUCCCCGACCAUGGCCAAUACCAAGCUCCCCGCCCGAGCAAUCCUCGAAUCGAUACCGCCGCCUUCGAAGCUGCUCCUCGUCGCGAUUCUGCGUCCACGCCGCUGUCCAAUGUCACCUCGCCUGGCGACCGUCAAGGAAUUCAAGCGAGGAGGAAGAAUGCCGGAUCUGGCCCCAUGUCCAGCGUCCAAGCCGAUGCUGCACGUCACAACACCUCGCAGCCACUGGAUAUAUUUCAGGAUGUUACUUCAGAUGUCGAAGAGGACUCAUUACCCGGCGACGAGCAUUCGCAACAACAGGCUUCGUCUACCAGUGCCCUCGGAGACUCGGCUAGCGAUAGUCUCCUAACAACGCGCUUCAAAUAUGCCAUGACGGAUGAGGGGCAUCAUGUCAUCACAGGCACCGACGGUGUUUUACAAUGUUGCGAGGAUGAGCCUAUUCAUACCCCCGGAGCCGUCCAGGGAUUUGGCGCAUUGGUGGCCAUUCGCGAAGAAAUCCAUGGCCAAUUUUCUGUCCGCUGCGCCAGCGAGAACACCGAGAAAUUGAUCGGGUACUCUCCGCAGCAGCUUUUCCGACUCAAAAGUUUCCUUGAUAUAUUGAGCGAGGAGCAACAAGAUAACCUUCUAGACCAUAUCGACUUCAUUCGCGACGAAGACGCAGAUCCAGCCAUCAACGGCCCCGAAGUUUUCAGUCUAGCUAUCCGCCCCCCGAAAAAGAAGAGCGUCAAGCUUUGGUGCGCAAUCCACAUCAACCCCGCGCAUCCUGAACUCGUCAUUUGCGAAUUUGAAGCUGACGACGAUCAUCAAUUCCCACUGCGACCCCCGGAAGAGGCGACGCCGAUGACACCUGAAGAUACUUUGCAAUCAAAUCCCACAUCGGAGGAAUUGGCGGAGAGUACCGAAAUCCUGAGCAAACCGUUGAGGGUGUUGCGAAGCGCACGCAAGCGCCGAGGCGAUGCUGGUGCCAUGCAAGUAUUCGAUAUCAUGUCCCAGGUUCAGGAGCAGCUUGCAGCGGCCAUCAACCUUGAAGGGUUUCUCAAAAUUCUUGUGGGCAUUGUCAAGGAACUGACAGGCUUUCACCGGGUCAUGAUAUAUCAGUUCGAUUCUUCGUUCAACGGAAAAGUGGUUACGGAACUCGUCGAUACCUCACACACCAAAGAUUUAUACAAGGGCCUGCACUUCCCCGCCUCUGACAUACCGCGACAGGCUCGCGAGCUGUAUAAGCUGAACAAAGUGAGGCUCCUAUACGACCGGGACCUGGAAACCGCCCGUCUGGUCUGCAGGGCGAAAGAAGACCUCGAGGUACCACUGGACCUCAGCCAUUCUUACCUGCGUGCUAUGUCACCCAUUCACAUCAAGUACUUGAAGAACAUGGCUGUACGGUCAUCGAUGUCGGUGUCCAUCAAUGCCUUCAACGAACUUUGGGGUCUCAUUGCUUGUCACUCAUACGGGAGGAAGGGUAUGCGUGUCUCCUUCCCCAUCAGAAAAAUGUGUCGUUUAGUGGGAGACACUGCGUCUCGCAACAUCGAGAGGCUAUCAUAUGCUACUCGACUGCAGGCCAGAAAGCUCAUCAAUACGGCACCGUCAGAGAGCAAUCCUUCCGGUUACAUCAUUGCUUCGUCCGACGAUCUCCUGAAGUUAUUCGAUGCAGAUUUCGGCAUGCUCUCCAUUCGAGGAGAAACGAAGAUUUUGGGCGAUCUUGAGCAUUCGCAAGAGGCAUUGGCCAUGCUGGAAUACUUACGCUUGCGGGAGCUUACAUCCGUGGUCACAUCUCAGGACAUCAAAGAGGACUUUCCAGAUCUGCGAUAUUCUCUUGGAUUCACCGUUAUCGCAGGCUUGCUGUAUGUUCCGUUGAGCGUUGGAGGUAGCGAUUUUAUUGUCUUCUUUCGCAAAGGCCAAGUCAAGGAGGUCAAAUGGGCGGGAAAUCCGUACGAGAAGACUCUUCGCGAGGGCACUCAAGCCUAUCUCGAGCCCAGGAAAAGUUUCAAGACUUGGCACGAGACUAUACUUCGGAAAUGCCGAGAGUGGUCAGAGGAACAGGUUGAGACAGCUGCCGUUCUCUGUUUGGUCUACGGCAAAUUCAUCGAAGUAUGGAGACAGAAGGAGGCUGCGUUGCAAAGUAGCCGUCUCACGCGCCUCUUAUUGGCGAAUUCAGCCCACGAAGUUCGGACACCGCUGAACGCCAUCAUCAACUAUUUGGAGAUCGCGUUGGAGGGCUCACUCGACCAAGAGACACGGGACAAUCUCGCCAAGUCGCAUUCCGCUUCAAAGUCACUCAUCUACGUGAUCAACGACCUACUCGACUUGACGAAAACCGAGGAGGGUCAGAAUUUGAUCAAAGACGAGGUAUUCGAUUUCGGCAUGUGCAUCCGAGAAGCAACGGACCCGUUCACCAAUGAUGCCAAGAGAAAGGGUAUCGAGUACCAGGUUAUAGAACAUCCUGGACUACCACAGCAUGUGUGCGGUGACAGCCGACGCCUCAGACAAGCUAUUUCGAACGUUGCCGCCAAUGCAGUGCAAAAUACAUCUAGUGGAUCGGUCAGAGUCGAGUUAUACGUCAGCGAGGUACUCGAACGACGGGUACGCGUCGAGAUUGUUGUCGAAGAUACGGGCAAAGGAAUGACGGCCAAGCAGCUCGACACACUAUUCAGGGAUCUCGAACAAGUGAGCGUCGAGACUGACGAGGUCAGCUCCAUCUUUCCAGAUGAUGAUGAGACCAGCAAAGACUCCAGGAUACUGGGUCUAGGCUUGGCCGUCGUUGCUAGAAUCGUCCGCAAUAUGGACGGUCAGCUACGGUUGAAAUCGGAACAAGGGAUCGGGUCGAGAUUCGUGAUUCAGCUGCCAUUUGAUCUGCCGAGCGAUGUACCUGCGCCCCCAGAAGGCGGUCCGAAGUCUGUAAAGUCGGGUCCUACUUCAAGUGUGGCUUCUGUCGCAACCGCAACUGUACCGGACAACGACGGCGAGAUGAUGCUCAUCGAUCGCGGCAGCAAGAUACCGGCGAUUGAGGAAGGCGAGACAGAUGGUAUGGGUGUCGAGACGCAAAGCCUCGAAAGUGCGAAGACGACAGGUACGGGCGGAAGCAAGGCCAGUGGCCAGAGCUCUAGAAGUGAUGCGGAUCGCUUGAUCGACGCAAUCCAGACGCCGCUUUCCAUUGGUGAAGCUGACAUGAACCGACCAUCGACUACGCGGCAGCAGUCUUGGGAGUAUUCACAGAGACCGAGGUCUUCGGAGAGCCAUAGUGCUGCCGCGAGGCGCAUGGGAUCCCCUACCUCGCGUCGAAGCAACCCCAGCAUCCCAAGCGUCGAAGCCUCCAAGUCUCCACAGGUUGGGUAUGCGACAGUCACAGAUGCGAAAACGCCCGUCAGAGCUGUCAAGGUGCCAGAUGAGUACACUAAUCAGACACCUAUGCCACCAAAGUCACAGCAAAGCGACUCCUCACGAUUUCUCUUUGAAGUCAACAGUCGCUCAAAGAUAGGGGGUACGUCGGAGGCUGGCACAAUCGGCAGCACUGCCGGCACCGCGCCAAGCGUCGUUUCGGCUUUCGAUGAGACAAAGCUCCAAGUCUUGAUUGCGGAGGACGACCCUAUCAAUUCGAGAAUUUUGCGAAAGCGCUUGGAGAAAUCUGGCCACCAAGUGUCCCAUGCUGUCAACGGCGAAGAUUGCGCUACCGUCUACCAGGAGAGGCCCGAAACCUUUGAUGUGGUGUUAAUGGAUAUGCAGAUGCCGAUUGUAGAUGGCCUCACAAGUACAAAGAUGAUACGAGCCUAUGAAAAGUCCAGCGACCAUGGUGGGCACUCAGCGAUUGCAACUCACAACGGCCGUAUUCCAGUAUUUGCAGUUUCUGCAUCUCUCAUUGAACGAGAGAAGGACAAAUACAUCGAUGCCGGAUUUGAUGGGUGGAUUCUCAAGCCUAUCGAUUUCAAGCGACUUAACACGCUACUCUUGGGAAUUGUGGAUGAUGAAGUGCGCGCCUCAUGUUUAUAUGCACCUGGGCAAUGGGAGAAGGGCGGCUGGUUCAACACUCGGAACACUGAGGAGAGGAAGGACGACGACAUACCGACACCUACAAUAUCUCCGCGGCCUGUAGACGUGGACACAUCUGCGGAGAUCACAACGGAUGAGGCCACAGAUCGACCGCCAGAGAUGGACGGCUCCAGCUAA